AUGGACCUCUUUUUGUGCGGUUUGUUAUCAUCGUGUCUGUUGGUGCAGACGUGGGGAAUGCCCACGCAGGCGAGAUAUGAUGAUCCUCUGCUGUCGUCUCUCCCAGACAGGACCGAGAAUUCGGCGUAUCAACUACAUCGGCUGAGUCAAUCGGCACUUGAUCAGACACUCGGUGGCCUGGAGGGUCGCUUGCUCGGCGAGGUCUACCAACCAAGCUGCACCUUGGAAAUUUUGCGAGUGCGUCGGGAUUGGCGAGCCCUUACGCCGGGCGAAAGAAGAGCUUACAUCGACGCGAUCCUGUGUCUACAGAGAUUGCCACCGCAGACACCAGCGGCAUUGGCCGCGGGGGCCAAGACACGGUAUGAUGACUUUGUGGCUACGCACAUUAAUCAAACCUGGCAUAUUCAUCGAACGGUGGCUCGGUUGAUGUCCGUCUUGCUUGCCGACGAGCUGAUUAGAUUCCACAAGGGGACGUUUCUGGCGUGGCAUCGAUACUUCAUCUAUACCUUUGAAGAGGCUUUGAAGAAUGAAUGUGGUUAUAAUGAAGAUCUUCCAUACUGGAACUGGGGCGCCGAUGUCGACUCGAUGGAAUUGUCGCCUCUUUUCGACGGAAGUGACACCUCCCUCUCUGGCAACGGUGCUUUCAUCCCGAAUCAACCCAAUCUUGAAAUUCCGCUCGGCGAGACCAGCGUGCCUCCUCUGAUUCUUCCCCCGGGCACCGGAGGUGGAUGCGUCACCAGCGGUCCUUUUGUCAACUACACCGUCGCCAUGGGUCCCUCGUUUCUCUACGUGCCGGGGGCCGGUGUGACUCGCACGUCGAAUCCCCUCGACUACAACCCACGUUGCAUGAAACGGGAUCUAACCACCUCGAUCCUUCGCGACAACAACAACUACACCACCAUCGUCCAGCUCAUCCAAAACAGUCCCGACAUCUGGGCCUUUGAGACGACCGCCCAGGGGGCACCGGGUAGUGGUCGUCUUGGGGUCCACGGAGGCGGUCAUCUCGCGAUGGGGGGCGAUCCCGGCCGUGAUGCCGACGCCAACCCGGGGGACCCUGGGUUUUGGAAUCACCACGCCAUGAUCGAUCGGCUCUGGUGGAUCUGGCAAUCUCUCGAUCUGAAGAAUCGGGAAUUUGCCAUUCGAGGGACGGGCACCUUUUUGAAUGACCCCGUCUCUCCCAAUACCACGCUCGACACCCACGUGAAUGUGGGCUACGUGAAGCGAGGGUCGAUUGCGAUGCGAGAGAUUAUGAGCACGACUGCCGGGCCCUUUUGUUAUGUGUAUCUGUGA